AGAUUGCAAUGAGAGGUGGAAGUUUCUACGCAUCACUUCCCACAUGGGGCUUUUCUCAGCUAUGGCGCUGGAAUCGUGUUCACGAAUCAGACUAGAGAAGGCCAAAGAGAUGCUACACUUCUUGGGUUCAAAAGAAGGUAUUGUCGAGUCUUGGAACAAUAUUGGAGAAGUGAAAAGGAAAUCAAGGAAAAUGCUUGGGAUUGUAAUUCUAAGCUUAGCCGACCUUUAUCCUGCAAUUGGGGGUUUAGAUUUUUGGAUUAAGCAAAAAGCAGCAGAGGCUAACCAAAUAUACAGAGCCGUAUGGGGUGAUAUUGUAAGCAAGAGAAGAGGAGGGAGGCAGGACUCGAACCAGGACAUUUUAGACGUCCUGAUUGAAAGUUCCUUUGAUGAUUAUCAGAUCUACAAUUUCCUGUAGGAGCUUUUUCCCAGUUCUGAAGCCGUUAGCUCAGUAGUCGAAUGGGCAAUGAUAGAAUUAACAAGAAAUCAAGAAGCCUUUUCCAAACUUCGUGAUGAAAUCAUGACAAAAGAUAUUGAAGGAACUGCUUUAAGUGAGAAACGCCUAACCAAGCUGCCAUAUUUACAGGCCUGUAUAAAAGAAACACUUCGAUUGCAUCCUCCGGACCCAAUUCUUGUGCCUCGUUGUGCAUUGCAAACUUGCCAGAUCAUGAACUACCGAAUUCCAAAGAAUAGCUUGGUGAUUGUAAAUGCUUAUGCCUUAGGACGAGAUGAAAAGACAUGGGAAGAUGCUCAAAACUUCAAACCAGAACGAUUCCUCGGCAGAAAUUUUGACGUUAAGGGAACCCACUAUGAACUUUUGCCAUUUGGUGGAGGUAGAAGGAUGUGCCCUGGGCAGCACUGGGCUCUUACGGAGAUUCAGUUGCUUCUUGGAUCAUUGGUCUAUGCAUUUGAUUGGUUGGUUCCCCCAGGAACGGACCCAGAAAGUCUUGAUAUGAGCGAAAAAUUGAUUGCCAUCACAUUGAAAAGGGAAAAGCCUCUGCUUUUGAUUCCGAAAAUGAAAAAUGACGUAUCUCAAGAUUGGGCUGAAGCACUUGGAACCAAAGGGUUCUAGUUUCAGGUUCCAUUGAAUUUAUAUGAGCGAACAGUUCAACUUAUGGUUGU